AUGGACGUGGACAUGGACGUGUACAUGGACGUGGACGUGGACGUGGACGUGGACAUGGACGUGGAUAUGGACGUGGACAUGGACAUGGACGUGGACGUGGACGUGGACGUGGACGUGGACGUGGACAUGGACGUGGACAUGGACGUGGACAUGGACAUGGACGUGGACAUGGACAUGGAUGUGGACAUAGACAUGGACAUGGACGUGGACGUGGACGUGGACGUGGACGUGGACGUGGACAUGGACGUGGACAUGGACGUGGACAUGGACGUGGACGUGGACGUGGACAUGGACGUGGACGUAGACGUGGACGUGGACGUGGACGUAGACGUGGACGUGGACGUGGACGUGGACGUGGACGUGGACGUGGACGUGGACGUGGACAUGGACGUGGACGUGGACGAGGACGUGGACGUGGACGUGGACGUGGACGUGGACGUGGACGUGGACGUGGACGUGGGACGUGGACACGUGGACGUAGACGUGGACGUGGACGUGGACGUGGACGUGGACGUAGACGUGGACGUGGACAUGGACGUGGACGUGGACGUGGACAUGGACUUGGACUUGGACGUGGACGUGGACGUGGACGUGGACGUGGACGUAGACGUGGACAUGGACGUGGACGUGGACGUGGACGUGGACAUGGACGUGGACGUGGACGUGGACAUGGACGUGGACGUGGACGUGGACGUGGACGCGGACGUGGACGUGGACGUGGACGUGGACGUGGACGUGGACGUGGACAUGGACGUGGACGUGGACAUGGACGUGGACGUGGACGUGGACGUGGACGUGGACAUGGACGUGGACAUGGACGUGGACGUGGACGUGGACGUGGACGUGGACGUCGAAAUGGAUGUGGACGUAGACGUGGACAUGGACGUGGACGUGGACAUGGACGUGGACGUGGACGUGGACGUGGACGUGGACGUAGACGUGGACGUGGACAUGGACGUGGACGUGGACGUGGACGUGGACGUGGACGUAGAAAUGAACGUGGACGUGGACGUGGACGUGCACAUGGAAAUGGACGUGGACAUGGACGUGGACGUGGACGUGGACAUGGACGUGGACGUGGACGUGGACAUGGACGUGGACGUGGACGUGGACGUGGACGUGGACGUGGACGUGGACAUGGACGUGGACGUGGACAUGGACCUGGACGUGGACGUGGACGUGGACGUGGACAUGGACGUGGACCUGGACGUGGACGUGGACGUGGACGUGGACGUGGACGAGGACGUGGACGAGGACGUGGAGGAAGACGUGGACGUGGACGUGGACGUGGACGUGGACGUAGACGUGGACGUGGACGUGGACGUGGACGUGGACGUGGACGUGGACAUGGACGUGGACAUGGACGUGGACGUGGACAUGGACAUGGACGUGGACAUGGACGUGGACGUGGAUGUGGACGUGGACGUGGACGUGGACGUGGACGUGGACGUGGACGUGGACGUAGACGUGGACGUAGACGUGGACGUGGACGUGGACGUGGACGUGGACGUGGACGUGGACAUGGACGUGGACUUGGACGUGGACAUGGACGUGGACGUGGACGUGGACGUGGACAUGGACGUGGACGUGGACGUGGACAUGGACGUGGACAUGGACGUGGACAUGGACGUGGACGUGGACAUGGACGUGGACAUGGACGUGGACGUGGACAUGGACGUGGACGUGGACAUGGACGUGGACAUGGACGUGGACGUGGACAUGGACGUGGACGUGGACGUGGACAUGGACGUGGACGUGGACGUGGACGUGGACGUGGACAUGGCCAUGGACGUGGACGUGGACAUGGACGUGGACGUGGACGUGGACGUGGACGUGGACCUGGACAUGGACGUGGACGUGGACGUGGACGUGGACGUGGACGUGGAAAUGGACGUGGACGUGGACGUGGACAUGGACAAGGACGUAGAAAUGGACGUGGAGGUGGACGUGGACAUGGACGUGGACGUGGACGUGGACAUGGACGUGGAUGUAGAAAUGGACGUGGACGUGGACGUGGACAUGGACGUGGACGUGGACGUGGACGUGGACGUGGACGUGGACGUGGACGUGGACGUGGACGUGGACAUGGACGUGGACGUGGACGUGGACGUGGACGUGGACGUGGACAUGGACGUGGACGUGGACGUAGAAAUGGACAUGGACGUAGAAAUGGACGUGGACGUACACGUGGACAUGGACGUGGACGUAGACGUGGACGUGGACGUGGACGUAGACGUGGACGUGGACGUGGACGUGGACGUGGACAUGGACGUGGACAUAGACGUGGACAUGGACGUGGACGUGGACGUGGACGUGGACGUGGACGUGGACGUGGACAUGGACGUGGACGUGGACAUGGACGUAGACGUGGACGUGGACGUGGACAUAGACGUGGACGUGGACGUGGACGUGGACGUGGACAUGGACGUGGACGUGGACGUGGACAUGGACGUGGACGUGGACGUGGACAUGGACGUGGACGUGGACGUGGACAUGGACGUGGACAUGGACGUGGACAUGGACGUGGACGUGGACGUCGACGUGGACGUAGAAAUGGACGUGGACGUGGACGUGGACGUGGACGUGGACGUGGACGUAGAAAUGGACGUGGACGUGGACGUGGACAUGGACGUGGACGUGGACGUGGAUAUGGACGUGGACGUGGACAUGGACGUGGAUGUAGAAAUGGACGUGGACGUGGACGUGGACGUGGACGUGGACUUGGACGUGGACAUGGACGUGGACGUGGACGUGGACAUGGACGUGGACAUGGACGUGGACAUGGACGUGGACGUGGACCUGGACGUGGAUGUGGACAUGGACGUGGACGUGGACGUGGACGUGGAAAUGGACGUGGACGUGGACGUAGAAAUGGACGUAGACGUGGACGUGGACGUGGACAUGGACGUGGACGUGGACAUGGACGUGGAGGUAGACGUGGACGUGGACGUGGACGUGGACGUGGACAUGGACGUGGACGUGGACGUGGACAUGGACGUGGACAUAGACGUGGACAUGGACGUGGACGUGGACAUGGACGUGGACGUGGACAUGGACGUGGACGUGGACGUGGACGUGGACAUGGACGUGGACGUGGACGUGGACGUGGACGUGGACAUGGACAUGGACAUGGACGUGGACGUGGACGUGGACGUGGACGUAGGGUUUAGGGUUUAG